UAGGCUUUGACUGUAAGCGCCGUGUGAAAGGAACGAGGUUUGUCCUCGCUGGUUUGCUGUCGGACACCGAUUGUUAAAAAAAAAAGUGAGCCGAAGUGUUUUGAGUCAUUGAGCCGGCCCAUGGUUGCAGUGUGAACCAGGAAGGCGCGAGCCACCUCUCGUUCUCUGCUUGGGUUACACCGGCAGGCGCUGGUUACCCAUCUGAAUUCACUUUGUUGCCAUUCGGUAAAUGAUGGAGCCGCUUUACAUCCACGGUGUCCGGGUGGCUGAGAGUUUGCAGCAAACACUCGGCGGCUACGAGAAGGUUUUGCUGUGGAUGAGCGGCGUCGGCGACCCCAGAUCCUCCUUUUUCAUUUAUUUCCCCGUCACCUUCUUCCUCAGCAGAAAGAUCGGGAUUUCCGUUUUGUGGAUUACCAUACUUGCCGAAUGGUUAAAUUUAACUUGUAAAUGGUUGCUGUUUGGCGAGCGUCCGUUUUGGUGGAUUCAUGAAUCGGGGGUCUAUAGCGAGCAGCAGAUGCCCGAGUUAAAGCAGUUUUAUUCCUCCUGUGAAACUGGUCCAGGCAGUCCUUCAGGUCAUGCCAUGAUCACAGGUGCAGCCUGGUGGGUUAUGAUGACCAAACUUUCCACAUUCAUUUACAAUCGUACCAGAAGCUCACUGGCAAAGACCAUCCCUGCAGUAUUGUACACCGUGAUGCUGCUGGCAAUCGGCAUCUCCCGAAUAUUUAUUUUGGCUCAUUUUCCCCAUCAAGUACUUGCUGGAAUAAUUACAGGUGCUGUACUUGGCUUUCUGCUGGGGAGAUAUGAACCAGAGAAUAUCAAACUCAUCCAUUAUGUUACUACUUCAAUCGGAUUGCUGCUAAGUGCUGUGUGCUUAUAUUGGGGAUUGAAUUAUAUCGGUGUCAAUGUCUCCUGGACAAUUCUCCUUGCUACAAAGUGGUGUGCCAAGCCUGAAUGGAUUCGACUGGAUACAGCACCAUUUUCUUCACUUAGCAGGGAUACAGGGGCACUGCUAGGACUAGGCCUUGGGCUCGCCUCACCAAUGUAUGCCAGCACACAGCGAUGGAAAAUGACAGGGAAGCUGAAAAUUUUGUGCAUAGUGCUCUCCGUCCUCAUCAUUGAGAUCAUGGAUAAAAUACCACUGUCAAAACACUCGAGUGUUCUGUUUUAUGUUCUGUUUUACUUGAAGAAUGCAUUUGUUCCUGUUCUGGUUAUUGCUAUUAUCCCUUGGACAGUGCAUUCCAUUUUUGUAAUUCAGCAGUCACAGAAACAACAGUAGUACCAAUGAUGGUACACCUAUUUAAAAAGAGUUUCACCUUAUCCUGCUACAUAUUUCAAAAUACAACAUACUGUUAUAGUUGAUACCUCCUACCUUCCGCAGUUUAAUCAAUAGCCUGAAUCAAUACUGGUCAAACUGAUUUGAAAUCAGAUGGUAACUGUAAUGAUGCUUCCUGUUCAGAGCCAUACACAAGGACAUUACAAAGUGCCAGCUGUUUACCUAUUAGCUCUAGAUCUCCAUUUAAUCCUUCAAAAUAAAGAUAUUUUGUCUCCUUUACAAUGUAUCAAAAUUACUUCCUAGGCCUCAUAUAAAGUGAGUACACCCAGGGACAAACCUGCUCUGUAAACUCUGCUAUAGGAACAUUGGAAUUUCUGGACAAUUAAAGGCCAAGUUCCCUCUAGUGCGCCUUGCACUAUCCUGGUACAGUAGUUCCUUGAGUCAUGAUUGCUCUACACACUGUAGCUUCUUUUUGUUGUGGUCACACUUUUAUCUGUUAUUUUGCUGUGUAUAACAUGUAAUUUGUUUUUGAAUCACUUGUUUUGUUGCAACUAUGCUGGCACAGGUCUUUGUCAGAGUGGCUGCUAUUGACAAAUAUAGUCAGUUGAUGUCCUAAAAUACUGUGCAAAAUGGCAGGUUUGUGCCCACAGUUCAAGACUGAGGCCAGGAAUUUCUGGCCCCAUCGUGGAUGGGACCUGCCGUGGGCAAGGCGGCGCCCAUUGACUUGCAGUGAGCAGGUGUGGAAAAUCUCGCCCUGAGUUCCUGAGCUCAAUUAGAGAAUGAAAGGGUCACCUGCCUAGGAACUUUCCUGUGAAGGUACUUAUGGGGUAUCGCUGCCAGUAUGCAAAAGCCUCAACACUGGACAGGUGCAGAAGACCAAUGUUGAUUCUCCUCCUGAAACCCCCCAUCAUCCCAAAAAAAUCGACCUUUUCAUUAUUAACCUGGUGUCCCUCCUAGCCCCUCUACUGCUCAGUCGAUUUUUCUUCAGUGAAACACCUUGGAAUCUUUUAACACACUAAGGAUACUGUUAAAUCCAAGUUGUUGUUUCCAUUGCCAGCUUAAUCUGGUUAGCAAGGAGGCAAUUGAAAGUUUACACCUAAAAUAAAAGUGAUAAUAGUCAAUAAAAUCAGAAAUAACAGCUGUUUUGUUUUACUUUGUCACUUUAUACCAGUCAGGUAGAUCAUGUUUAUAUCUUCACAUUUGUUAAGCGUAGGGUAUUAAGGAUUGUGCAGCCAGGCAGCUGGAUUUGAGUUACAGAUCAGACAUGAUCUAACAAUGACAGAUUGGGCUCGAGGGGAUGAAUGGCCUUCUCCAGUUCCUAUUACAGUACCUUUUGUGCUAUUACUGAAGUAAAGCUGAACAUGCACUCUCAGGCUUACAUGGGCUACAUUUGACAGGUUUAAGGGAACAAAAAUUUAAGUUAAAGUUUUAUCUCAUCAGCAAUAUGUCUUAUUUAUUCCAGCCACUGUCCCUUGACUCCUUAAUGUCAUUUCACUGUUGUUCUAUUCCAUAAAGUCUGUAAUUUACUCUAAUCAUAUAUUCAAAAAAUAAAUUGCAAGAAUUUAGAUCUUU